AUGAAAUAUAAAUUUACAAAAGAAAAUUGUCCAUUCUCUAUGGUUGAAAUCUUUCUAGAGAAAGGAGAAACAAUAGAUAUUGAACCACAAUCGAUGGUUUAUCAUUCUGGAGGCAUCACAUUGCAAGCAGUGAUGAAUGGUGGCGACCAAAAUGCUGGCUUCUUUAGACGAUUCUUUAAUGCAAUUGGAAGAAGUUUUUCGAGUGGUGAGAGUUUCUGGGUGACUAGAGUCACAUCGUCGAUGGGUGGAGGAUCCAUUGUCAUUGCACCACCCACCUUUGGACGUGUAUUUGAACUUCCCAUACAAGUAGAUCACGACCAAGAUGGAGAACCUGUAGAAUCAACAUCAUGGUUUAUCAAUGAUGGUGCCUACCUUGCAAGUGACACUCACGUCAAUUACAAAAUGAUCAAACAAUCAAUCUCCAAUUCAUUGUUUGGUGUUGGAGGUUGGUGGGUAAUGAAAACUAUUGCUCAAAGAAAUGGUACAAUCUUGGCUCAUUCAUUUGGUGAUAUCGCUGCUGUUGAUCUUGGUAGAGAUGAUGAUGAUGAUGAUGAAGAAAAUGAUAGAUAUAAUAAUAAUAAUAAUGAUGAUCAAGAAGAUUCAGAUGAUCAAGAAGAAUUAUACAACAAUACACCUGAUAAAAAAAGAACAAGUAAAAAAUAUUCCGUACAAUUAUUAAAUUCAUCAACAUUGACAAAUAGAAACAAUCAACAACAAACUCUAGGAAAUGAAGAAACAAAAGAAGAAAAAGAAGAACCAAAAAAGAAGAAUUCUUAUUUAAAAGAAUUAAUAGUUGAUAAAAAACAUGUAGUAGCAUGGGAAUCAAGUUUAGAAUAUACAAUUAAAAGUGGAGGUGGAUUACUUGGUGUAAGAGUAGGAGAAGGAAUUGUAACUCAUUUUACUGGCAAGGGUCGUAUCUAUAUUAGUACCAGAAAUCCAUCACAAUUUUCAAAUUCCAUACCUCAUCCAUCUUGUCAAAAAUCUCAUUCCUAA